AUGAUUGCUGUGCUGCUGCUGCUGGCGCUGGUCGCUCACUCCUCUGCUCUGCCGCUGCCGUCUGCGGACACAGACAACCAGCUCUUAGCAGAGAAGUACCUCCGGCGGUUCUACGGCCUCCCAGCUGGUCUGCAGGGCAGACGCGGGUCAUCCGACCCCUUUCAGACCAAGAUCAAGGAGAUGCAGAGAUUCUUCAAACUUAAGGUGACAGGGAAUCUAGAUGACAACACUCUGGAGCUGAUGAAGCAGGCCAGAUGUGGCGUCCCUGACAUCGGGGAGUACAACCAUUUCCCUCGACACCUCAAAUGGCAAAACAACAAUGUCACAUUCAGGAUAGUGAAUUAUACACCAGAUCUGAAGGCGUCUGAUGUAGACAGAGCCAUCCGCAACGCCUUCAACGUUUGGGCCGAUGUCACGCCUCUGACCUUUAAGAAGCUGCACAAGGGCAUCGCUGACAUCAUGAUCAGCUUUGGAGAAAAAGAACAUGGAGACUACAAUCCUUUUGACGGGCCGAAUGGACUGCUUGCUCAUGCCUACCCGCCCGGCCAAGGCAUCGGAGGAGACACUCACUUUGAUGAGGAAGAACACUGGACCAAAGACUCAUCAGCUUACAACCUGUUUAUCGUGGCGGCCCAUGAGUUGGGCCACGCCCUGGGUAUGUCUCACUCCAACGACGCCGGCGCCCUGAUGUACCCUGUGUACUCGUACACUACAGGCUACCCCCUCGCUGAGGACGACAUUGAAGGCAUUCAGGCUCUCUACGGCCCAAACCCAAACCCAAGGAAAGUGAAGCCAAAGCCUGACGCGCCAAACAAAUGUGACCCCAUGUUAACUUUUGACGCCGUCACUGAGCUCAGAGGGGAAACCAUCAUCUUCAAAGACAGAUUCUACUGGCGUCUCCAUCCCCAGAUGCCGGAGCCCGAGCAGACAAUGAUCAAGUCCACGUGGCCCUCCCUCCCCAACAAGGUGGACGCAGCAUACGAGAACCCAGAGAAGGAUCUAGUCAUCAUAUUUAGUGGGAUCAAAAUGUGGGCUUUGAAUGGAUAUAACCUGGUGGAUGGUUAUCCAAAGUACAUACACAAACUUGGUCUUCCUAAGGAAAUAAGGAAAAUAGAUGCAGCUGUGCACAUCGGAGACACCGGGAAAACUCUGCUCUUCACUGAUGAGGAAUAUUGGAGCUACGAUGAAGCAACUGGCACUAUGGACAGUGGCUACCCAAGAUCCACUGAGGAUGAUUUUCCUGGGAUGGAUGACGAGGUCGACGCUGCUGCUUAUCACUAUGGAUACUUGUAUUUCUUCCAUGAACACAUGCAGUACGAGUACAGCUACAACUCCAGGAAGGUCAUUCGCAUCAUGAGGACCAACUCCAUUCUCAACUGCUGAUGAGGCAUCUGCAACCGCCAACUCCACGAUAAACAAAAACAGUUCAUUGAAUGAGCAGGGACAUGUAGACAUGCAGGGUUGACCUGUUAUGAAAAAAAAAGUUUACUAGUGCUGGACACCUGUAGGAAAUACAGUUUAAUUUGACACAGAAUGCUGGAAAAUUCCUCAGAAACAUAUUUCCAUAGAUUAUUGCUAUUUAUUUUACAUCUCUAUAUUUGUACUAUAAGUUUUACUUUGUACAUCAAGAUGCUUAGCAGGUUAAGUUUCUUGUAAGCAGCAGUUGGCA